AUGGAUAAUUCAAUUGAAACCAAACAAAACCCAGUAUCGCCGACUGGUCAAGCGGUGAACGGUUCACCUACCGUCCAACAGGUGAGCGGGAGCCAAGCCGCACAAGUAGCAGGCAACACUGUAGACGUACGAUCAGCUGCAAAGACCAUGACUCGUGCGCAAGCGGAAGCUAAAUAUACCAAACUCAUGGAGGAUACGUUGAGGCAGAUGGAGGCAUUAGAGUCAUCAGUACGAGCUGCGACAAACACGAAGGUAGACAUCAAAACUGGCACCAAGGCUUUAGGCACAUGCUUUAGAGAGUUUCUAAGCACGGCAAGGAUAAUCGGCAUGACGCGAUCCCCCGAUGCCACUGAACAACGUGUGCCGUACCUACAGCAGCAGCAACAACAACAACACGCCCAAACAAUGAAACUGAUUAGUGAAGUGCGUGAUGAGCAGCUCCAACACCAACAGCUUAUGCAGGAAAAAAUGGACACACUGCUACAAAACCGGCAAGCGGAAGGAUUGAGCAUCGAUAUGUCUUGGUCACAAGACAGGUUAAAUAAUCAGGAUAAAAGGCUUGCUAGCCAGGAUCAGAAGCUGGACAAAAUAAUCUCCGAAUUGGACCAAAUUGCUCGAGCAUUGGCAGACGCGUCACAAGAACAGCAGCAUCAGCAGCACGAGAAACAGCAACAGCGCCUGAACGCAAACAGCAAGGAGCAGGACGAGGAAAACUCCCCUCGCAAAACUAAGAGGCAGGCACAGAGGCAACGAAUGAAGCAAAGGCAGAAGAUGAACACAGUUCGGGAAGAGGCGCCAGCUGCAAGCAAGCAGCCUGUUCUCAGCCCAGAGGGGACUGAUAAUAACAACUGGGAGACGGUAAAGAAGAGAGGCAACGGAAAAAAUAUGGCCAAAGUAACAUCGGAUGCAGUCAUCAUCAAAAUAACUGAGGAUAAGACGUACGAAGAAACAUUAAGAAGCGUAAAGAUAGGCCUCAGCGAUGCCGGACUAACGGACGAAGUUGGAAUGUCGAAGAGAACGAUGAACGGAGAUUUGCUGCUACAGCUAAAGAAGAGAUCAAAUAAAAUAUCCCAGCUAAGAACCGUUGUAGAGGAUGUAACAAGAGCUGAAACCUACCUUAAAACGUCCACCGUCGCUGUAGAAAUACGGGGCUUAGACACGGAUGCAACUCCAGAAGACCUGGCUGCUGCGAUAUCCGCUAGAACAGCGCAUGCUCUGACGAAGGAGAGCAUCAAGACGAUUAAACCCGGUCAAGGAGAAAAAUCAACAGCAGUGGUUCUGCUUUCGGCUAGAGCUGCCAACUAG